UUUUUCUUAAAGUGCAACGAGAGCAAGAACCCUUGUACUCGUUUUCAAUUCAGGACGCAAUGGCCAGAGUUAUCGUGUUGGGCGGUGUCGGAUUCAUAGGGAGGCACUUAGUGACGUAUCUAGUAGACAACAACCUAGCUUCCAAAGUUGCGGUAUGCGACAAGGUUCUGCCCGAAGUCGCAGCUCUAUCCAAGCACGAAUCAGAGGUGUUUGCCAGCGACAAGGUUGUAUAUAAGCAGGUUAACUUAGCUCGACCCUCGUCGGCCGAUUCCGUUUUCAAGUUAGACGGGGGGAACUGGGACUAUGCGAUCAACUUGGCCGCUACAACCAAGUACAGCCAGACGCCGGAGUUGUACCAAGAAAACAUCGUCGAAGUAGCCAGAGAGACCUCGAAAGCUGCGAAGGCGAACAACGUUAAGAUGUUCGUACAUGUCUCGACGGCACAAGUAUACGACUCCGGAAAGAAACCGUGCAAUGAGUCGUCCAAGCUGAAGCCGUGGACCAUGUUGGCGAAGGCAUCUCUCGAGGGAGAGAACGAAGUCGCCAAAUCGGGCGUGCGCCACGUGAUUGUUCGCCCCGCCAUCGUAUACGGACCUGGGGACAUUAGCGGAAUCACACCUCGCUUGAUUUGCGGCGCAGCCUACGUCAAGCUCAAGGAGACGAUGGAGAUGCUGUGGGACAAGUCCCUCAAGCUGUCCACGGUCCACGUGCGCGACGUGGUCAAGGCGCUGUGGUUUUUGGCGAGUUCCGGAAAGGCGCCCGAUAAAUCCAUCUAUAACCUGGCAGAUACCAACGACACAGACCAAGGAUCCGUCAGCAACCUCAUCGCUGAAUUGUUCAACAUCAAAGUCUCUUUCCUCGGUUCUAUCAAGAGCAAAGUGGCCACAACCGUCGCCAUGAAAACGGUCGCGGACGUCGCCAAUGAGAAGCACCUAAAGCCCUGGUCCGACCUUCUGAAGGAGAGUAAUAUAUCUGAUUCACCCCUAACUCCCUACAUCAACGAAGAGCUCCUCUAUAACAAUUCUUCCUUCAUUGACGGAAGCGCCAUCAAAAGCCUGGGAUUUACUUACGACUACCCAACUAUGACUUUGGAUUUGCUCAAGGAGGUCAUCAUCGACUUCGAGAAAAAGGGAUUUUUCCCAAAAAAUGUACUCAAGGCAUGAUGAUGAGGAAAAGUACCGGCGCGCAUCGUGCAGACGUCAACACAUAAUAAAAAAAACCAUUACAUUCGGUGUCGAAAA